UGAUUUGGACUCAUGAGGCUAUCCUCCUUUUGAUGGAAAAACAGUGUGAACUUGGUCAUUUGUUUGACAACAAUGCAGUCACUCAGCGCCAAGCCUGGAGGAAAGUUGCGGAAGAACUUCGGUCGAAAGGGUACAGAUAUGGGGAAGAUGAUUGCAGCAAAAACUUCCACAGCUUGAGAGCAAGAUAUAAGACGGUAAAGGAAAGAAACCGACAAACAGGGAACAGUCUGCAAUCCUGGAGGUAUUACGAUGUCAUGGAAGACAUGUUUGCUGGGGAUCCAGCAGUUAUACCAAUAAAUGUUGCAUCUUCCAUGUGUGUAGAGCCUAUACCAUCUGUCGAUAUUUCUCAAAUCACUGAAGACCAGGAACCAUCUGACGAAAAGCCAUUAACAUCCACACCAUGUGUCCAAAGAAAACGCCAACGCUCCAGUAUCGACACUGAAGAACCACCACAGUGGUUUGAAAAGUAUCAGAUGGAUCAACAGAAGAUGCACGAGGAGCGCAUGGGGUUAGAACGAUGGCGAGUCGGUGCGCUGGAAAAUUUGGUUAAGUUACUACAGGAGAAACAGUAGAUUUUCGAAAUGAUUUAACACAGAUGGUAUUAUAUUUAGAAACCUCAUCAAGAUAAGAACCAAUGAAAAUGAAGAUGCAAUGUUUGGCUGCCGAAGCUCAAAAAGUAGUCCCAAUUUUGUUCUGUUUCUUAUACUAUUACAAUCAUCUAUGCAAAUUAAAUCAGUAAAUACUUUAACAAAUCCCCCUUGUACUGUAUAUACAGAUAUUAUUAGCACUCUAAAUGUUCAAUUCAGAACUUAAGUAUACCAAUGGAAAUUGCCCAUGAAUAUGAAAAUUUGAAUGAACUGUAAACAGGAAGUUCUUUCUUGGAGGAAAACAAAAUGGAGAUAAACUUUGUUGCUAAAAAUUUUAAAAUGGCUAUUAGACAGACAUUAGGUAAGUCUCUUAUACUAAUUUAUUUCAAAAAGUAAUUUAAUUCAGAACUCAACAAGAUUAGAAAAUAUUACAUGGAAACAGGAACUUUAUCAAUCACAGAGACUUUCACCUGAUUACAGGUAUUUUUUGUCAGGAAUUUACUAACAUUAAUGUUUAUAUCUUUUAGAAAUUUAAUGGGUUUUUUUUUCUUGUAGAAUUUUUAGGUAAUUAGUACUGAGAUUGCUAUAUAUCUAUGGCUUUA